AGCAAAAUAGCAGAGGUAGUAAAAUUGUCCGAUGAGCUGUCAACGCCGAAAUCUAGGUGAUAAGAAUGACAAGGUCAUCUGCCAAAACGUCUAUUCCGGAUUCCGGGGUAACGACGGAGUCAUUUAGUACGUCAAAGCGGCAGUUUUCCAAGCAAUGCAUUUUUUAAGCGGUGUGCAACGAUUUCGGGAAAAAUUUCGCUAGGUUAUCUUUACUCGAACCGGUUACGAUUUCAGAAGCAUCUGAGCGUUAGUAAAGUUUCUUUAAAAACGACACGUUUUAGUGAAUUUGAAAAGUUUAAGGAAAGCCAUGCAAAGGAAUCACUGAAGUACGUCUUCAUUCGAUUGCAUAAUUUGACCAUCCUAUAAUUAAUACGCUAGUAACCCAGUAGAUGGCUCUGCCAUAGUAGUUAUUUCUAGAAGUUGUCCCUCCUUUUCUCUGCACGGCUCAUCCAGCCAAUCACAACAGCCGUAGUAGACGUAACAGUGACAUAAAACAAAUUUGUACACAUGAGAAACGUCAUUCCCAAGAACUGUGUAGUAGUAAAGUGACGUGAUCAAAAUCAUCAAAUCGAUCAACUGAGAUAAGAGAAAAAACCGGGUGUCCAGCAUUUUGAACAUUUUCGGAGUGUAGUGAUCGUAUCUCGCCUCCGUCAUGGCUUUCAUGAUGCCGGUAGUGAAAAAUGACUGGGACAUAUACAAGUCCAACCGGUCCCGGAGAGUGUCCGAGUGUUCCAAUCCUUCGACCUGCAGGUCCAGGAAGGUUUCUGAGUGCCGAUCCGAGGGACCUAGUCUGUCCACGUCGCCGGGGUCCGAUUUCAUCACCUCGCCUACCCAUCGCUCCGUGCCAGCAAAUAUGCCUUCCAGGCAGUAUUCCAGAGCCGGAUCCAGGACAAGCGACAGCAGUCUACAAAGUCCAGUGAAAAGCGUAGCCUCAUCGCCGCCAAAAAGCGACGAUUCCUCCAGCAGUCUGAAUAAAUUCCACAGCAGACUGCUGGACAAACUGAAGAAAUCCUUGAAGACAAAGGACUCCGACUCGGAAAGGAGAAGUUCAUGAGAUAAGGAGAGUCUUCCUUCCAAAGGAAAUGGAAGCUGUUGUGUGUGCCCCAACUCACCGUAGUAAGACUUUUGAAAGUGCUAGUUUUGGUAGGCUGAGAUUUAGUUAAGUCAGUCUAGUCGUACGUGGCAAUUUCUGGAUCCUAAUAGAAAUACUUCAGUAUUUAGUCAAUUAGUUUGUAUCAACUGCAAUCUAUUAGGUUUAUCUCACAACAAUCGUUAGGAUACGUUUCCCUCAACUUUGUAUUUUUGUGUUUUUCUAUUUCACCUCUUGCUUCAUUUGUGUCCUGGUUUCCGUAUCCGAUUUUCAAAAAGUCAUUUUUGCAUAUGAAAAUAGGUGCUCGUUUUUAUUACGUAACACGAGUAAUAAUUUUUCCGAAAUGUUAUACUACGACGACUGGACUAUAUUUGUAAACGAGCAUUAUUAGUUGCGGUGUCAAGACAAAUAGUUUCAUGCUUAAACAAUAUACAACAUCAAAUCGAAUGUUUCUCAUUGCAGCAUAUUAAAACUAUGAGAAAAGAGAUAUUCUAUAUUAUAUUUUGGUAGCAUUUUCUAUCUGAAAAGACAAUGAUCAUCCUUGAAAAAAGGACAACAUCUUACUUUUUCAAUAUUCAAAACUUAUCAACAUCUGAGCUUAUUACCUUUUUUUUGUAGCUAUGUCAUUUUCACAGCACUUUUGCGACUCUAUGUUUAAAAUUUUGUCCAGUAAUUAUACAAAAUUUAUGAUUUCCACAUUACUUACUAUAUAUCGCGUAUCUCAAGGAUUACGUGUUUUACUAGAAGUAAAUGACAUUUAAACAAAUAUAGGUCAGGAUACUAAUCAACGUGAGAAAUAUCUAAAAUUCAGAAAUAACAGUAACUGAUAACAUGUGUUUCCUUUUAUAUUUAUAUCUGGGUGAUAUUUUUGACAAAGCUAAAAUUGUUGCCAUGUAUGGUUGUUGCAAUUUCAAAGUUGUCUGUUGGCUAUUGUUACUUGGUUAGAAAUUCUAAUCAAUGUGAAUUUUUACAUAUUUAAAUGUGCAUGAAUCUAGAUCACUUAUUAUCGACGAAAAUAUUUGAUUCCUGUUAAUAAUAAUUUAAUAUACAAAGGAUGAGUAAUCACAAAAAAAUACCAACGAAAAUAAUCUAUGAUUAUUUGUAUGCAUUGCUAUGUUAAUAAUUGAUGACCUGUACGUGCAAAAUAUGGAAUUUAACUAACUGCAAAUAAUUUCAAGUCAGAAAAAGCAAACUUUGUUUUCAACAAAAUAUAUAAACAUGAAAUUCGCGAACUCUAUCAAAUUAUAUAGACAACGAUUUCCAAAUCAUCCCAGUCAUGUUUGGAAUUAUUUUUGCAAGUAAUUCUCGUCUGUUCAAUCCCGUAUGAUUUUGUACCAGUAAAAUUCCAUUAUUACAAUGGUUCUUAAAAUCGAUAGUAGUCGAGACAUUAUUCACUGGAGUUUUUUAUUCGGAAUGACUCAAUGAUAUAUUCCAUUGGUCAUCCCGUUGCUACACAAUAGAAAAAGCAUACACCUUGCGUGACCACUGAGCACGUCUGAUUGAUAUAAUCAGUUAAUUUGGCACCCAUGGAAAUAUUUCUAAAUAAUUUGCACAUUAAAGGAAUGAUAGCUACAAAGGUUAGAAUAUUGAAGUAUCCAUGGAGUUGGUUCAUAAUUCACAAGAAGUGAUGCAUAUUUUCGUCACAGGUUAAAAUAUAGUGACGAUGCAGAUAACAAUAAGAAUAAAUCAUAUAAAUAACACAUUUUAUUUCUAUAUUUAUAAUCUCAACAGUUAUUUAUAUUCGUUUAUCAUGUUUAUUUUUGCAAACUUCAGAAGCUUAUUUAUUACUGAACCACAUGUUAUUGAGCAAACUGGUAAUUCUACUAAAAUGACGAUAUUUGACAGUGGAGACAGAAUUUUACAACAGUUUUAAUGUCUUUUCUGCUAUGAUCAUAAAAAUUUUAAUAGCCGAAAUCACGUUAUGAAUGGAAUUGUUGGGGAUCACAAAUAGGUGAACAGUGGCAUUGUACGAAAUGUAAACAACAUGUUAGAUCAAACGAUAAAGUCACUUUUAGAUAAACAUGUGCUUCUCAAUUUUUAAAUUAAAAAAUGUCUAUUAUAAUCACAACAGUUUUAUUGUAAACAUGCGUCACGUAUAAGAAAGCUUACGGGUUUUGAGUUGGUGUUGUGUGAAGCAGAAACAAAAUUGUUUCCAAGUAGAUAAAAGAGGAUAAUGAUAAAUAAAACUGAUACAUGUGCCUCUCAUAUUGCAUAAGCUUCAUUAUUACUAUAUAUCCUGACACUGCAAAAAAUUGUAGCAAAUAAUGUUGCUCUGUGAUAUUAUUGUUAUAUUAGUUUAACGAUUUUGUAACACGUAUUCUAAAGAACGUGAAUGGUCGAAUUCGCUUAAAAUUCGGGUACUUUAUACCAGCUUUAAGAAACACAAUGUUCCUUAUGUUUAUAACAUAUACUCGUCUACAGCACUACGUUUUAAUAAUACAGUUUUUUUCAAAGUCUUUUCAAAAGGAUUUUAAACUUGAUAUAAACAUGAGUUAUGGAAUAAAACUAAUACAUCUAUCAUAGAAAUUCACAGAAUUUAAGGUUUAUCUAAAUAAUACUGUCUAAAAUACUAAUUAUUGAAAAAAAGAUAAACUGGGAAAUUCUAAAAAUGCAAUAUUCCCAGUUCAGAAAUAUGCAAUUAGCUUGAACCAAUUAUUUUAUAACAGCUUUCAUUUUGGACCAUUCAGUAGCUUUUUCGAUUAAAGUAAGUUUGGCUUCUCGGCCGCUAAGUGAGAUUUUAAGGUAGGGUGUAUUACACCAAAGAAAGUAUUUUAAAGCAAAUAUAUAGACUAUAUUUCUAUCCUAUCUUUUGAUAAGGAUUGUUAAAUUAAGGAAUUUUUGUUCCUAAUUCUAACGACUUAAAUGUUAAAAUCUAAAGACUGUAUAAUGAGGAGGAACUUACUACCUAGGGUUCACUAUAUAUAAUCUGUUCUAUUGUUACGAAAGCAUAGUUUAUUAAAGGAGUUUAUUUUAUAAUGAUAUAUUUGUAGAGGGGAUAAGAGUAUAUUUUUAGUGAAGACCAACUAUUUUUGGUACUAUUUUAGACACGUGGAAUAGCCAAAAUGCGAUUUUAUUUGGAAUACAAGCAAACUUAUCGUUUAUCUUAAUUGAUUUAAUUUUUCAGAUAUUUGAGGGUUCAAAUCUUUCGGUUAAUGUUUUAUGUACGAUUUCCUUAUUUACUUUUCUGUAUUCUUGAAAGAACGCAUUCAAGGCUAAACCAGCUGUUUACAGUACCUGUCACUAAAAUGUCUGCCCUCGUUUUAUAUACAUUCCAAAUAACGGUUCUAAAUUUGUUAGCGUAGAAUAUUCACGGUAUCAUAUCUAACGAAAUAAUCUUAGGAAAAUAUUUGCCUAUGUUUUUUUAAGUUUUGUGCGCUCCUAUGGUUACUAUUGGAUUUGCUGAGAUGUGAUUGGUUAUUAUUAUGUUUUGAGGCAUUAGUUAUAACAAUAAAUCAUUAUGAUUA